UUAUGUCAAAUGUAUAAUAAUCAUCAAAUUAUAAUCAUUUUAUUUAGACACACUACGUUGGGGAUUUAUUUUCUGCUCCCGAAACGGAAUUCAAAAUUUCCCACCGCUCUUGAACGCAGCGCGCUCGGCCAGGCUUCCCCAUGACUGCGGAGCCCAGAGUGGGACUGAGUCUGAGGCGAGCACACGGGAGAGAGGGAGGGACGCGCGUCAGGGAAGUUAGCAGCCUGACACGCACGAGAUCAAACCCACAUCGAGUUGAUUCAGGAGAGAAAACACGUUAAAGCUUUUUUUUAAUCCCCCCUCCUCCUCCUCUCUAAGGAUUAUAAAAUAAGAAAAGUGGGAUACAACAUGACUCCAGCAAAGGGGCACUAAAGUGAUGAGAGCGGCGCGCGCACUUUAAGGAGUAAGUCCAGAGUGGACCGGACCGGUAUGGCUUGAUUAGAGAGACCCAGGAUAGCUGCGGGAGGCGCUGAUGUUUCUGUGGAAGAGAAGGAAAGUUUGCUGCGCUUCUCUCGGAUCUACUUUGUGAAACCCACCGCUCACUACUCACUCUCGCAUCUGAGCGGCGGAGGGCCGGCGGGAGAGCCGCUGCGGUUCGGCGUCGGCUCCGAGCAACACAUCAUCACCAUGACCAACCCGGCGCUGAAGAAGAACCACUGGACCUCCAGGGUGAACGAGUGCUCCGUGGGGAAGGACGCCCGCGGAGAGCUGAACGUGUCCCUGCGCGGCGGCGCGGAGCACGGGGAGUUCGCCUACGUUGGCCAAAUUGACGAGAACCUGGUGUUUUACAGAGACGGGAAAUUAAGCGAGGGGGAGCUGCUGCUGGAGGUGGAGAACCUCUCCAUUUCGGGGUUACCUUUGUACGACGUGCAGACGCUGAUAAAGAACUGCAAAAGUCCCGUGAAGUUGAAAACUGUGAGGCCAGGAACGAAGUUGAAUAAGGACCUGAAGCAUUAUCUAAGCCAGCGCUUCCAGAAGUCAUCACCUGACCACGAACUGCAGCAGACCAUCCGAGAAAACCUGUACCGUCACGCAGUGCCUUGUACGACUCGCUCCCCACGUGAAGGAGAAGUUCCUGGUGUGGAUUACAACUUCCUCUCUGUAGAGGACUUCCUAGUGUUGGAGAAAAGUGGAACCCUCCUGGAAAUUGGAACAUAUGAAGGCAACUAUUAUGGGACGCCCAAGCCACCUGUGCAGCCUCCCAGUGGGAAAGUGAUCAGCGGCAGUAGCGGUGGUGAUGCCCCACUGUCAGACGGGCUCAGCGGUAGCCUGCCGGGCUCGCAGAACUCCACUCCCCGACGAGCCAAGUCCUACAAUGACAUGCGAAAUGCUGGAAUAGGGCUUGCAGAUCAGCAACUGGAGGACGACGAGGACCUCCCUGACAUGAACAGCAGCUUUACAGGAGAAUCCAGUGAAUUGGACGAAAUUCCUCACCCGGCGCGCCCCUACGUCCCUCGCCAUAGCGACCCGUCCUACGCUGGGACAACCCCCUCACCAUCGGCCACCACGGAGAGCACACAGCAGACAAACCUUCACCUGAGCCAUCCUCCCCCGGAGGACCCGCUGGGACCUCUGCCUGACAACUGGGAGAUGGCCUACACCGAGACCGGAGAGGUCUACUUUAUAGACCACAACACAAAGACGACCUCUUGGCUAGACCCUCGGUGCCUGGACAAACCUCAGAAACCCCUGGAAGAAUGUGAAGACGAUGAAGGGGUCCAUACAGAAGAGCUGGAUGAUCUAGAACUUCCUCACGGAUGGGAGAAAAUCGACGAUCCAGUCUACGGGGUCUACUAUGUUGAUCAUAUCAACAGGAAGACCCAGUACGAAAACCCGCUGCUGGAGGCUAAGAGGCGCAGGCAGCUGGAACAGCAGCCCGCCCAGCAGCCUCAGCCCCAAAGCCAGCAGCCACCUGAAGAAUGGAUCGAGGACUCGGCAUUGGCAGGCGCUCCCCUGGCCACAUAUGCCGCCAACCACGAGACAUACAGGGACCCUCAGACGGGUCCACCCGUACCCAACGCCAUGGGACAAAAACGUGGGAAGCCUUUCUUUACUAGGAACCGUUCAGAACUGAACGGGACCUUCAUCAAUACCAAACUGAAGAAGAGCCGUCGAGGGUUUGGGUUCACCGUUGUUGGAGGGGACGAGCCGGAUGAGUUCUUGCAGAUAAAGAGUUUGGUUCUGGAUGGACCUGCAGCCCUUGAUGGGAAGAUGGAGACAGGGGAUGUGAUUGUGAGCGUAAAUGACACCUGCGUGCUGGGCUACACGCACGCCCAAGUUGUGAAGAUCUUUCAGUCCAUCCCAAUCGGGUCCAUGGUCAACUUGGAGCUGUGUCGUGGCUACCCACUGCCUUUUGACCCCGAUGAUCCAAACACCAGCUUGGUAACCUCGGUGGCUAUCCUCGAUAACAAAGAUCCCAUCAUCGUCAACGGCCAGGAGGUCACAAGCAGCUACGACUCUCCGUCCAGCCAAGGAAGUCAGAGCACCAACGGCCCAACCAAUGGCGGACUGCCUCUCAAUGGCUUCCCCCGACCUCACAGCCCCUCCACCGAGGUCGCGUCCGAUACCUCCUCCCAGCUCGGCUACUCUAGCGACGUGGUAACCCUGGCUUCGUCCAUCGCUACGCAACCAGAACUCAUCACUGUACACAUGGAGAAAGGAGACAAGGGCUUUGGCUUCACUAUUGCAGACAGCCUUAGCGGUGGAGGGCAGAGGGUGAAGCAGAUCGUGGACUACCCUCGCUGCCGUGGCCUUAGGGAGGGGGACAUCAUCGUCGAGGUGAACAAGAGGAAUGUGCAGAGCAUGUCUCACAACCAGGUGGUGGACAUGCUCAGCAAGUUACCAAAAGGCAGCGAGGUCACCAUGCUGGUGCAAAGAGGAGUGGCACCUGCGAAGAAGAGCCCCAAACUGGAUUAUUAUGACCUGUCUCCUCCAUACAGAGAUUACGCUAGGAUGCAAUUGUCAAGGAAGGACAGUCAGAGCAGUUCCCAGCAUAGUGUUUCCAGCCACCGGAGCACCCACACGGACUCGCCCGUGCACUCGUCUCUGGCAGCCCCCCUCAGCGAGAGCAGCACUCCCCCAGCCCCCUCGCAGCCCUUGCCUGGCCUGCCUUCCCAGGACUCCCAAGGAGACGGGACCACUCACAGAAAACCCGACCCCUUUAAGAUCUGGGCCCAGUCCAGGAGCAUGUAUGAAAGUAGGCUUCCAGACUUCCAGGAGCAGGACAUUUUCCUGUGGAGAAAGGACACGGGCUUCGGCUUCAGGAUCCUCGGAGGCAACGAGCCAGGAGAACCGAUCUACAUCGGCCACAUAGUGAAGUACGGCGCCGCGGAUGAGGACGGGCGCCUCCGAUCCGGAGAUGAGCUGAUAUGCGUGGACGGCACAGCGGUGGUGGGCAAGUCGCAUCAAUUGGUGGUGCAGCUAAUGCAGCAGGCUGCCAAGCAGGGCCACGUUAAUCUCACUGUGCGACGCAAAACCAACUACGCAGUUAAAUCAGAGGGAGAUGUCCCUCCGUCGCCAGCGUCCUCGCACCACAGCAGCACCCAGGCGCCCAGCCUGACGGAGGAUAUGGGCAAGCGCACGCCGCAGGGCAGCCAGAACUCCCUCAACACCGUCAGCUCCGGCAGCGGCUCCACCUCUGGCAUCGGCAGCGGAGGAGGAGGAGGAGGAGGCGGAGGUGGCGCCGGGAUCGGGGGGAACGCUGUGGUCGCCGCUGCAGCUGCAACCACGUCCUCUCAGCCCCCAAACGGCACCACGAACUCGGCCCCCGUCGCCGCUUCCGCCGUGCAGCCCUACGACGUGGAGAUCCGACGGGGCGAGAACGAAGGCUUCGGUUUCGUCAUCGUGUCGUCAGUGUCGCGGCCUGAAGCGGGCACCACCUUCGCUGGAAAUGCAUGUGUGGCCAUGCCUCACAAAAUAGGCCGCAUCAUCGAGGGGAGCCCGGCGGACCGCUGUGGGAAGUUGAAGGUCGGCGACCGCAUCCUGGCCGUGAACGGGAACUCCAUCACCAACAAGUCCCACUCUGACAUCGUCAACCUCAUCAAGGAGGCCGGGAACACCGUCACGCUGCGAAUCAUUCCCGGAGAUGAGUCAUCAAAUGCAUCUUUGUUGACAAACGCUGAGAAGAUUGCCACCAUAACCACCACUCACACACCUCAGCAACAGGCAGCACCUGAGGCCAGGACCAACACCAAACCAAAACAGGAAACUUAUGAGUUUAAUAACCCUCCAAACGCUCCUCUGCAGCCCCCCAUCCAGCCAGACUCAACUCAGGACUCUGAGUUCUACUCGGUGGACCUGGAAAGAGACAGCAAAGGCUUUGGCUUCAGCCUGCGGGGAGGAAGAGAGUACAACAUGGACCUGUACGUGCUGAGGCUCGCCGAGGAGGGAGCCGCAGUCCGCAACGGGAAAAUGAGGGUCGGAGAUGAAAUCCUGGAGAUCAACGGCGAGAGCACCAAAGGCAUGAAGCACGCGCGGGCCAUCGAGCUCAUCAAGAACGGAGGCCGACGCGUCCAUCUGGUGCUCAAGAGGGGCGACGGCUCCGUGCCUGAAUAUGGUGGGUCAAUCUACGAAAACAUUCCCUUCUCCCCCAUCUUCACACCCUGAGCUCGGACGGUGGCGGGGUUUGAAGGUGGCAAAGAACUGAAUUGCACAUCGGGGACCCCUUCGCCCCUUCCUGGCGUUGACACACCAGGGAAGGGAAGGAGGGUUUGCUUGGCUUUAAAGUCUUUCGUGGUGAAGGUCACUCCUGUGCUUUUGGAUUCUGGGCGUUGGGGGCGGAGCUUAGAGAAUGCUCCUUCGGGUGUCGUUGGCCCCUCCUGCUGUCGGCUGCUCUCAGUUUCCAUGUCCUCCCGCUGUCACUUUUCACCUUCUGGCCGCUCAGCUAAAGCACUCUGUCGGGACUUUACAGAAUGGUGGUGGGCCUAAUUUCAGUACAACAUAUAUAUUUAAAAAACUGUUUACAGGGUUUUUUUUUUCCCAGAGUAGAAAAACAAGUUUUGUUUUUGUUUUUUUUUUUUUUAGGGAGAAGUGACAUAUGUUGCUUUAGCUCAUUGUUAAACACCAGUUCAGCAUUAAAAAGGAAAAAAACUUGACUCUUUGCUUUCCUAGAAAAGGUGGGACGUAACACAGCUUUGGCCUCAUUGUGACACAAACAUAUUUAUGAUAUUUAUUGGAGGUGAAUGUAAGCUACUGAACUCCUUAAGGUUUUAAGUGAGAACUGUGUUAAAAAAAAGAGAGAAAAGAAGAGGCAGCCUAAUACAAGAACAUCCAAUGAACUGAAUUAGCAUUAAAGCGUUAUUUCAGUGAUUAAGUUGGAAAUUGAAACCUAUAUGGAUUCAUUACACUCAAAGCUAUAUAUUUCAAGUGAUGUAUGUGUCUCACUCUCUUCCGGACCUAAACACCAUUGAUUCUCUAUCGUGUUCGUUGUCCAGUGAUACCAUGAUCAUUAAGGCAGGUAUUGGUGCUUUUUGCUGCGUGGGUCAGUUGCCAGGUCUUGCUGGGAAAUGUAUAUAAAGCGUUUGCUGAAAAUGAGAAGCAGCAAAAGUUCUAAGACGUCCCGGGGGACCAGCGUUAACAAACAGCAAGUCUCUCUGAAACAUAACCGACUGUGAAAACUUUGAAGCUCCAAAAAACUGAGAUAUUUUUUUCUGAACUGAGGAUUUGGGCCUAUGCACUGCAGUCCCCUUUUCCUCCUUUGCCCAGUUAAGACAACUCUGCUGUUUUCUCAGCUCAGUCCUAUUUGAAAGUUCUUCCUAAUCCCAAAGCAAAAUUAAAGUCUUGGUCGUCAGUGGCUUAAGAAAACAUCAGUCUAUUUGUCUGAGGAACUAAAUGUAGGAGUUCUGCCAGCUGUUUGCCAUAUUCAUCAGAGUUUAUAGAAACAAACACUUGAAAUGUAUCGGACUGUCUGUAAUGAAUCAUCGUUAAACCCAGUUUGACUUUUUGUAUUUAGUUACUAAAAUAAAUUCACGCUUUGAUGAUGAUCUCAUUUAUCGAGAUGCCUUUUGUACUCUUUCAUUUUCUGUCUCCAAGCCAAACUUCUGCUACAGUGUGCUCGACAUCACUCAUUCAUCCAUGGAUUUAUGUUUUUUGUUUUCUGUUGCACCCAUUGUCGACGUUGAUGUCAUUAAAAUGCUGUGAAGAUUAAAAACGCCCAACGCCACACGUCCCCCCAUGCAAACAGAAAAUGAGACCUGGCGCUUAUAUAAAGCUUUUGUACAGCGAUGAAAUGAAUAGAGACAUUUUUACGAGUAUUUUUGUUCAUUGUACAGAGCCAUGAAUCAAAGCCACAUAUAAAUGGAGAAAAAAAAAAAGAAAAGUUUAUUACUGCAUGAACUUGUCAAGAGUGUACAUUUGAAGUUUUUGCCCCCUAUAUUGUCGAUUUUUCCAUAAUAUUUAUGGAACAUUUCUUUUUGUAUUGUUAUUGUAUUGACAAGUUUGGAUUGAUAGUCAAGUCAUGAACAUUUUUCAUUGUCUUGCUUUCUUUUCUUUGUUUUUUUUCUUUGAGUGGAGAAGCAUUUGCUUGUGGAAGUUUAUUUGCGGUUUUCAGAUCUGCACCGACAUGGUGUCAUGUGAACUUUGUAUAUUUUUGAUCAUCGUUUGUAUUUUUUUUUAAUUUUCUAUUUUUUAAGUUGACACGACCUCUUUGACAGUCUUGCCAGUGUCUCUUCUUUUUGAUUUCUCAGACUUUUUUUUCUUCUUUUUUCUGCUGCUGCUGCUUUGUCAACAUGUAUAAGUGUGUGUUUGCGUGUGUGUGUGUGUGUGGGUGAUUGGGGGGUGGGGCGUCACUGUUCUGUGUAACUAGUGGCUUUCACUGAAGGGUUUGGGCAACUUCCUGGACUGUCUCUUUAAUCUGAAUGAUCAAAUAAACACUCUUUUUUCCAAUAAGAAUCAACACAA